AUGUCCGACUACAUUUACUAUGACUCUUUCCCAGAACGUUUCCGUGAACUAUUCAAAACUCAAGUAAAACUGAGAAACAUGCAUUUUAACAAAGACAGACCCAUUGACGAUGAAAGAAACCCUGAAUAUAUUACAAUCCCAUAUGACGCAAAGUUCAUUGCAUACAUUCCUUAUGGUCGCAGAGGAACGAAAACUAUUUCAACAAUGACGAAAAAUUAUUUCUGGAGCGAUGAAGAAAAUUGCCUUAUCUACAUAAAUGCAUACUUAAAUAAAGCUACAUAUUGUACAAAAGAAGGUUGGACUGGAUUUGAGCUCUACAUAUACGACGACGAUGGAAACAGACGUUGUGUAUACCCAUACGAUAAUAUGUACCAUUGUUUUCAUCAAGCAUUAAACGAAUACAUAGUCAGUAAGGGUCUCAUUCCUGCUGAGUAG